CGCCUCUCGUCGAUAUUGUGAAUGGUACCUCCUUCAUCGCGAUGAGGUCCAUCGCCUCCAAGUUUGGUGCCCCCAGAAGAACUAGGGAAUACUUUGAAAGAUCAACUCUCUGUUUGGGCGUGUGCGAGGCAUUGAUGCCUCUCGUGUACGGACCCAUGUACUCCGCUGUCUAUGCCGCCACCAUGCACACAAUGCCUGGGGCCUUCUUCCUUCUGGGAGGAGUCCUCACCAUGCCCGCCGUGGCCAUCUUCGGAUGGAUGUACACGGAGCACCAAAAAGACAAGAGACUCGCAGAACAAGCCGAAGGAGCGGAGAAAAAACUAAGUAAGAAAGACCAAGCACUGAGGAAUUUCAGGCCAACUCCCAUCGCUACCACCCCCAGUUAUUUGGAGGCCGGAAUAGCUCCUGGUCUGGACACCACUGGUGGCCUGGACAAACCAAGCUUUCCAGGACUCAACAGCUUUACCUAUGGAGGGGCUACAGAAUAAGGGGUUCCAAGAUCGUUCGUCCGCACAGAAUCAAGACUUUCAAGGCAAAGGACAGAGUGAUUUCUUCUUCGGACAAUUGCGGAGGACUGGAUAACAAAGAGUUCCAAGGCAACUCUUCGGAUGUGGUUCCUAGAAAUAGAAAAAACUAAUGGAUUCCAGGAUAAAUCUCUAUCGGUUGUUGCUGGGGGUGUAGAAAAGAAAGGUUUACAAGAAGAGUCUCCAGAUUUUAUCGGAGGUAUAGACAAUAAGGGGUUCUUUGACGAUACCCAAACUUCAUCGCCCGUAGGCAAAGACAAUUAAACUCUUGCCAGUCACAUGUGAUAUUAGAUUGUGAUCUUUUAUAACCGAAUUAUGUAAUGUAUUAGCCUUUCAAAGGCAAACUUGUAUAUAAAUAAAGUGAUUUUUAUUAUUU